UCGAUCCGAGUCGGUUGCCUUAGAACCGUAAACGUCUACCUCCAGAAUUUUGGUUUGAGAUGCAACGUUUCAAGGUGUCUCUGGGCUGUUGAUUUUUUUUAUCAGUGCUCACUUAACUGAAGACGUGUUGGGCGGUUUUCCUCGCCUGCAGUCGGCUAUAAGCUGUUUGACCACGGCUUCCUGAGAAGCCUACAGGCAGAAGAAGCCUGACGAACUUACAUCCUAAGAGCGAGUUUUCAGGAGGAACACUGGGCAAAUAUCUGCUGAGCUGGCUUCUUACACUUCAGAGACAUGGACAUCUCUACCAACAGUGGGUUUAUUUCCACGGAAGCGCAGGUCUUCGUGGUGACGUUCCUCGUAUCAGCGGCCCUCAUAAAAGUCGUGAAGUCCCUCACGCCGUCUCACACACCUCCUGGGCCAUGGGGCGUUCCGGUCCUUGGAACCCUUCCAUUCUUUGGCAAGGAGCCAAACGUGACAUUUACCGAGAUGUGGCAGAAGUACGGGAACGUCUUCAGCAUCAAGCUAGGCAGCUGGCCCGCCAUUGUGGUCAAUGGACGCGAGGCCAUCCGAGAAGCUCUGGUCGAGAAGGGCGACAUCUUUUCCAGCAGACCCAAGUUCUUCACUACCAGUUUCAGCAAUGGCACUAGCGUCAGCUUCUCCGAGUUCACAGACGACUACAAGUUUCAUAGACGCAAUGCCCUGGGGGCGCUGAGCAUGUUCGCGAAUGCCAAGAAGAACCCAAUCGAGAGGAUUGUCAAUGAUGAGGUUGAUUUCGUGGACAACUCCUUUAAAAAACACAACGAGCAGCCUUUCAACCCACACGACUACAUAUUCAUAGCGGCAGGCAGCGUCAUAUACCAGAUUUGUUAUGGGGUACAAGAAGAUGUACGCGAGAACAAGGACUUUGUUGAAUUCAUUCUCAAUGUGAAGAAAUUUACAAACUUCGUUUCAACGGGUAACCCAUUCGACGCUCUUCCGUGGCUUAGACAUUUCAUGCGGGACAAGUACCGUCAGUUUAAAGACCUUCUGUCUUUGUCAAAGUCUCAGAGAAUGAAGAAGAUCAAGGAACACGAAGAAACCUUCCAAGAAACGGACAUCCGCGAUGUAACAGAUCGUCUGCUGCAGCUCAGCAAUCAAGGCCAUCUCGACAAGGAGACUCUUCAGACGACACUCGCCGACUUCUUUGGUGCUGGUUUUGUUACAAUAGCUACAACGACAGAAUGGACGUUACUGCUGAUGGCGGCACAUCCUGAAAUCCAGGACAAGGUUCUGGCUGAGAUCGACGAAGUGGUGGGUUCGGAACGGAAGCCAACUCUAGCAGACCGCGGGAAGAUGACAUACACAGAGGCCGUAAUCCACGAGUCGAUGAGACUGACAUCCAUUUCCCCGCUUGCCAUCCCUCACUUGGCGAUGGAGGACACCUGGCUACAGGGCUACCACAUUAAGAAGGGCACAGUUGCCUUCAUUAACCUGUACUCCAUGAGCCAGGACAAGAAUGUGUGGGGAGACCCGGAGGUGUUCAGACCAGAGAGGUUCCUGGACGAGUUUGGCCAGAUCAGGCGAUCGCUGUUGGAGGAGUUCCUGCCGUUCUCAAUAGGGCGUCGGAGAUGUUUGGGGGAGUUCCUGGCGAGGAUGGAGGUAUUCCUGCUAAUAACUGGAACGCUGCAAAAAUAUCGUCUGCAAAAGCCAGCAGAUGUGGACAGAUACUCUCUGCAGGCCAGUUUUGGUCUGGUCAGAAUGCCCAAACCUUUUCAAAUUGUUGCAAUUCCUAGAUAGCAAAUAUAUGUUGCUACUGGGGAAGGUCGAACUGAAAGUGGCGUACAUCACUGUCACAUAAAACCAUACCCAAAGGCUAAUAUGUAAUUGUGACAUUGAUGUGCCCCACUCUGACACAGAUAUGAGACGGUGACAACUCGGGUCCUUGGAGGUAUUCACACAUCGAGUAAAGUGAAAAGAUAUUCCACAUUAUUGCCGAUACAAAUUUGCAAGGACAAAAUAAACACAUCGUAAUAAUAAAGUCGCAGGUUUCACCGACGACUAAACUGGUCCCAUGUCUUCAUCGUCAGUUUCAGUGUGUGAA